AUGUUUUCACUGUUUAGCUAUUUUCUUUGUUUAGUAAUUUCAAGUGAAAUAUUGUUCCUCUCCCUAGAUUCAGAGUAUGAUAUUCUUUAAAUUAGUAACCUUAUAUUACCUCUAAAACUUGAGGAUGAAUUUGGAACAAAUUAAGAGAACAAUAUAUAUUUUUAUGAUGUAAAUGCUAAUGGGAUCAGCAGUAAAAGUGACAUCUUUUCAAUAGGAAGUAUAAAUGUUAUAAUAUAUCUUAGUUUGGAUAAAAACAAAUGUAGAAAAAAAAAAAUAAUUUAUCAUGUCAAUCAAUGAAGAUAGUGUAGUUAUUGAAUUAAGUCCUGAUGAAUCUGCAGAUACUCUUAAAGUACAUCAAGGAUCAGGAAUUUUCAGAACAGAGAUACAAAACACUUGGAUUUAUACGUUCUAUUUAUAAUUAGAAUUUUAUAUCUCAUAAUGGAUUUGUCUUUUGAAUUUUUCAGCUGGAUAUGAUCCUUUAUGUAAGUAAUUAGAUGGGGAAGAUUAUUCUCUUUUCAGCUUUCUAUAACCUACUUCUAAUUAAAAUAAUUAAUAUCAAGUUGAUUCUUGGCAACAGGAUGCUAUUUCAAUAACAGCUAAAGUACUAAAUAUAUCACCUGAUAUUAUUUGUAAAAAUUACAACAAUUUAAUCACAACAACAUGUAAUCCUAUUAAUAAUUUAAUUAUAUCAAACUAUAUAGAACUGAAUGUAAUAUUAGAUCUAAAAUUGUAUGAAAGAAUUUAAACAAAAAUUUUAAAAGAUUGGAGUGAUAAUUAACAUAUUGUUAAAAUAGGUAGUAUUUAAAAUCCUCUAAUUAUUCCAAGUGAAUAAUUGUUGUCAUUCUCAUCAAACCAAUAUAUUAAGAUAGAAAAUUUUAAAAUUUCAAAGACAAUCACUAUAGAAUUUUAAUUAUUUGAUGAUAAUUUAACAGAUGAGGUCACUCUAUUUGUAUUCCAAUCUUAAAAAUUAGCUCAAGAUUUAUUAACAAUUAAUGCAAAUUUUGAUACAAGAGAAUUAUCUAUAAUCUUAAAUGCAAUUCCAAUUGAAGUAUGUUCAGUAAAUUUUGGAAAUAAAUUUAUAAUAUCAAUAAUUAACGGAAUAAUAACAACAUAAUUUUUAAUUAUUGAAAACGAUAUAUAAAGAAGUUUAUUUACUAAAGAAGUAAUUAUAUAAUUACAAGAUGUAGACACCUUGAUUAUUGGAAACAAAUAUAGUAAAUAUUAAUAGUAAAUUAGAUAUAAAUAUUAAUCCAUUUAGACUAUCUAAUAUUAGAAUAAGUAAUGGAUUUUACUUUGUUUUGAAAUAGGAAUGUGGUUUUUCUAUAAAUUAAUGUUAUUAUUGUUUCAAUGUAUGAAAAUGUUAAAUUUAGAAUAAUUAUUUACAUUAAGGAUAGUGUUUGUCAUAAUGCCCAUCUAAUUUUGAAAAGAAUGAAUUAAGAAAAGAAUGUAUACCUAAAUGUCAUUCAACUUGUUUAACAUGUGAUCCAUCUAAUUUAUCAUAUUGCUUAACUUGUUCAGGUAUAAGAAUAAAUUAACCAAAUUGCAAUUGUCCUAUAGGCUAUUUUGAUGAUGGGAUAUCUCCUAAUUGUAUAAGUAAACAAAUUAAUUAAUUUAAUAAGAAUAUUUUCCUGAUCUAACAGUAGAAGGUGAUAUCUAUGAAGGAGAUUGUUUAAAUGUACCUAAAGAAAUCAAAUUCACAAAAUUAUAUCGAUUUCCUCCAUUAGUAGCGAUUAGUUUAUUAGGUUAUAUAGGAAAGGAUCCUAAUUAAGAUCUUAGAUUUAAAAUUUAUGCAGAUUAUAUCAGCAAUAUCUCUUUUUUCUUAUAAGCAAUUUGUAGUGAUCCAAAUGUUUACUUUAAGAUAUAGUGGGUUUCUGGUUAUAGAAGUCGAUUUCUUAAUGUAAAUUCAUUUGAAGAUAUACCUUAAAAGGAAUUUAUUGUGUCUAUUGAAAUGGAUAAUUAAUUUGAAGGAAGUAUUUUAGGAUGGAAUAUUAGAAAUAUUGAUAAAUAAGAUAUACUUUUAAACUUAGAAAAACAAUCAGAUUCAAAUACUUUUAAUUUUUCAUCAAAUUUAUCUUUAGACAAUAUAUUUUAUUAGUUAUUCGAAUUUCGAAAUUAUGUUUAUAAUUAAAUAUCAUUAAAUUUAAAUUUGUAGACUUAAGGGAAAGAUUUUUCAAUUGGAGGAACAUAUGUGAAUGUGAAUAUUGAAUAGAUUCCUCUUAGCAUUCCAAGUUUAACAACUUUGUAAUAAUAUUAUAAUCAAAAUUCGGGUGUGUUAUAAUUUUAUAUAAAGGAAAGUAAAAGAUUUGGAUAGAUGAGAUACUCUAUUAAAUUAUAAGGAUAAAAAACUAUUUUCCCUAAUUUAGAAAGUAAUGUUAUUAUUUUUGCAUUUAAAUGUAAUAAUCAAAAUAAACCAUGUGAUUAUUUAGAAGAAUUAUAAAAAUGCCAUGUAAUAUUAGAAGAUUGUGAAUGCAGUUCUUCUUAAUAUUAUAAUUAUAUUAAAAAUUAUUGUGUAGAUUGUUCUGACAAUUGUUUAACUUGUGAUUAACAUUAUACAAAUUGUUUAACAUGCCCAUCUUAAUAUAAUUAUACAUUACAAUAAGAUUAGGUUACAUUAUACAAUUACUGUGGAUGUAAUAAAAAUCAAUUUAAAGAUUCAAAUGGAAUUUGUUAAGAUUGUGAUUCUAUGUGUUUUACAUGUGAACAAACUAAAACUAGAUGUAAAAGUUGUAUUGAACCAUAAUUUUUAAAUGAAUUUUAUGAAUGUAAAUGCAAACCUGGUUAUAUUGCAACUUAAUUUGGAUGUGAAUGUAUAUAUACAUCAUUUAUUAUGAAAUAUAGAAUGCAUAUCAGAUUAAUGUUCAAUUUGUUAAGAUAAAAAUUAAUGUAUAUAAUAAUGUGAUCCAUAUUCUUAAUUAAAUGUAGUAACUAAGAAAUGUGAAUGCUAAUUUGGAUACUAUGAUGAUGAUUAAUAAUGCUAAGGUAAAUUAUAAAUAUAUAAUUAUUUAUAGCAUGUAAUGAACCAUGCUUAUCUUGUAUUUCAACUACAAUUUGCUUAUCAUGUAUCACAACUAUGUAUUUUGAUUAAUUUAAUUGUUAUAAAUGUGAACCACCUUGUUAUGAAUGCAAUUCAUAAAUAUCUUGCAUAAAUUGUAUUGAUUAAUCUUACAUUUUGGAUGGUGAUUAGUGUUUGCUUAGAGAUCAUUUUAAUUCAAUAAUAAAAGAAUGUUAAAAAGAUUAUUAUUAUGUAUUCAGAAAUACUGAAUGCGUUUAAAUUUGUGGAGAUUAUUUAGUACCAAAUAAUGUAUAAUGUUAUGAUCCUAACACUAUAAAAGAUAAUUGCAAUAUCAAUUUGUUAAAUACCAAUUGCAUAUGUAAUUAAUUAAAUGAAUGCACAUUCUAUGAUGCCCCAUAGUUAAUCCUUACUUAUUAAAACAUAACCUUUAAUAAAUAAUAUAUUUCAAUCACCUUUAACUAAUAAGUUAAGGUAUAUACUUCUCUUCCUUUAUCUCAAGAGUUUCAAUUUGAAAUCCUAAAUAUCUCUAAUCAAGACUUUAACUACACAUUACAUAUUCUUCAAGAUACAAACCAAGAAGUUCAUUUUGUUGAGUAUAUUUUAGAACUCCAAAUUAAUCGAUUGCUUGAUUAUCGACCUAUCUUCAAAUUAAUUGUCAAUCAAAUUGUUGGUAAUUAGCAAGAUUUGUUACUCUAAUAGAAUUAAUACUUUUUAACUUUGAUGUUCCCUCAAUAUCUAAAUGAACAAUAGGAAUCCUAUUCCUUUAUAUCUCUAAAGGCGAAUUAAUUAAUUAUCUAUAUCUUGCCUGCAUUAUCUUUAAUAUCUUUAUCUAUUGGAUUUCAAUAUUUAUUACUGGAAUGCUUAUUUAUUCUCUAAUAUUAAUAAUACUUAAGAUACAUCAAUCAAAAUUAUCCAUACAAUUUACUCAUUUUUUUUUAACUUAGUGAAAUUAUAUCACUUUAACCAUUGCUUGAAUUUAUUCAUUUUGACGAUUUAUUUGAGUUUUUAGGUCUUAAUUAGGAGAAGUUAUUUAUAGAAGGAAAAUUUAAACUAUAUCCAUAAAAUGCCAAUUUAUUAUAAAACUUCUAAAUCUAAUUUUUUUAAUUCCUUAUUGGAUUACUAAUUUGGAUCUCUAUUAAAUAUUUAAAAAAGAUUCUAUAUUAUUAUAUAUUUAAUUAAAGAUUUUUUAAUUUUAUACAUAAACUUUAUCCAUAUAUAAAUUCAGAAUUUGUUUUAAAAAUAACUUUGAAAUUGUAUAAUUUUUUCUUAAGUUUUAUUAAUUUAGGAAAGUUCAUGAGUUUGAAAGGAGUAAAAUAAAUAUUAUUACUUAAUGGAUGGGAUAUUAUUUUUAAAAUUUUAAUCUUUACUAAAGUUAUGGAUUUUAGUGAUAUCUUGAAUAUAAUACAAGCAAUUAUUUCAUUUGUAAUAUUGUUAUGUUAUUUAAUAAUAAUAUUAACAAUUUGUGAGAAGAAUUCUCAAUUAAUACCAAAUAUUAUUUAAUAAUUAAAACAUAUAAAUGAGAUUGCUCAAGUUAUAAGAACAAUUCUCUUUUUGUUUAUUUUGGUAUAUUUUUAAGAUUCUGGGAUGUUGCAAAUUAAAUUUAUUUGCAUCAUCUGCUUAUUCUCAAUUGGACUCUUAUUUUCACAUAGAAAAAUCUAUAAAAAAUCUUAAUUUAUCAUUUAAUUGGUAGUAGAAUUGUCAGUAUUAAUAUUUACAUUAACUGCCACAGUAUAUAGUAACGAUUUCGUCUAUUUAUUUGAGGAAGAAACAAAAAUUAUUUUUGGCUGGUGUCAUAUAUUUAUAUUAUCAGUGGUAAUUAUAGCAGAAUUUUUUCACUAAGUAAUACAAAUUAUUGGAUCCUUAUAUUAAAAAUUUAAGCAUACUUAAUAAAAAAAAAUAGAGAAGACAAAACCAAGAGUUAUGUUUAUAGAAUUAUGA